AUGGCCCUGCCCUUUUCCUUCUUGGUGGCCCUGGUGGUGCUCAGUUGCAACUCGCUUUGCUCUCUGGGAUGUGACCUGCCUCAGAACCAUGGUCUGCUCGCCUGGAGGGCCUUGACGCUCCUGGGACAAAUGAAGAGAAUGUCUGCUAGCUCUUGUGACAAGUACACAAGUGUCUUUGCCUUCCCCAAGGAGGUGCUUGAUGGCAAGCAGUUGCAGAAAGCUCAAGCCCUCUCUGUCAUCCAUGUGAUGAACCAGAAGAUCUUCCACCUCUUCUGCACAGAGGCUUCAUCUGCUGCUUGGAACGAGACCCUCUUAGGGGAAUUCUGCUCGGGACUUUCUGAGCAGCUGACCAACCUGGAAGCCUGUCCCAUGCAGGAGGCGGCGGGGGCAGAGACUCCCCUCAUGAAGGUGGACUCCAUCCUGAGGAACUACUUCCAAAGAAUCUCCCUCUAUCUGCAAGAGAAGCAAUACAGCCCUUGUGCCUGGGAGAUUGUCAGAGCGGAAGUCAUGAGUUCCUUGUUUUUAUCAACGAUCUUGCAAGAAAGAUUAAGGAGCAAGAAGUGA